AUGGCAUUUGAUACUCGUACGCAAAAUGCGUGGAAAGAACUAAUCGAAAAAGAAGCAAUGACACGCGUUCAAUGGCAUCAAACAUUUAAACCAGAAGAUAAUGAUGAAGAAUGGUUUAAACGUGCUUUCUAUACUCAAAAGAAGCCUUCUCAUAAUGCCUUACCAACAAUUGUCUUUCCACCACGUCCAAAAAAACGAUAUGAUCCAAAUGACACUAUGGAUGAAUUAGCAAAAAAAUUAGAUGUUGAACAUAAUCCUGAUGUACUAAAAGAAAUGCAUCCGGUAUCAGAAAAUUUGAAACAAGUGCUAUUCGACGGAUUUAGUAAAGAGGAAAAAGGACGUUAUAAAUAUUUAAAUAUUCGAAAACAAGAACAACCUGAACAUAAAUUUCAAUAUCCAAUUACAUCGACAAUGGAAUAUGGAUGGAAAUUAAGUGAUAGUGGUCAAAAGUUUAAAGCUCCAACACAUGCACGUGGAAAAAUAGUUGAAGAAUCAUUUUUCAGAAGAAAUGGUGUAUUCGAAUUCAAAUCGUAA